UUAUAAUCCAAUAUACUGAGUAGAAAGGGUUGUGUUAAAUAUUUAUUGAAUGAAUCGGGAUGGAAUAAAUUGAGUAGGCAUGCUCAGGAAUUUAAAAUGGGAUAAGGAACAAACAUUCCCAACAAAUCUUCCUUAUUACUCCCGAUUAUUAUAUAAUUCAUCAUCUCCGUGUUGGUAUUGGUAUUGUUAUUAUUAUUCGUAAAGUCAUCAAUAUUCUCUUGGUUGGGAGCCAGCAUAUAAUAAUAAUCUCAAAAGAAAGAAGAAAACAAGAAAGCGGUGAAGCUCCCUAAUCAUUUUCUCGCAUCUACUUUUAUAUAUACAUAUACUAUUGAUAUUGAUUGUUUGGGUAUUCAUAAUUAUAUAUUCACGCGCACAGGCUGUUGUUGCAUUUUGCCCUAUUUUUCUGAACUGCUAUUUGGCUUCUUAAAAAUCAUCACAUUUGAGCGGAUAUCUUUGAUUAACAGGUUAGUUUGCGCCAUGGCUUCGAAACGGAUCCUGAAGGAGCUCAAGGAUCUGCAGAAAGAUCCUCCUUCCUCCUGCAGCGCUGGACCCGUUGGUGAAGACAUGUUUCAUUGGCAAGCCACCAUAAUGGGUCCCCCAGACAGUCCUUAUGCAGGGGGGGUUUUUCUAGUUACUAUUCAUUUUCCUCCUGAUUAUCCCUUCAAACCUCCGAAGGUGGCUUUUAGGACAAAAGUUUUUCAUCCUAAUAUCAAUAGCAAUGGUAGCAUCUGCCUUGACAUCCUGAAAGAGCAGUGGAGCCCUGCCUUGACAAUCUCCAAGGUGUUGCUUUCAAUUUGUUCACUUUUAACUGAUCCAAACCCUGAUGAUCCCUUGGUCCCGGAGAUCGCUCAUAUGUACAAGACAGACAGGGCCAAGUAUGAAACAACUGCCAGGAGCUGGACCCAGAAGUAUGCAAUGGGUUAACUUGACUAUUGGCUGCUUGCAUUUGUGCUGAAAUUUGUCCUGUCAAGACUGUAGAAACAUUAUUACCUUCAAAUGAAAAUGUUGCAUUAAACUUCUUUUAUUUAUACUAUUUUAUUGGUGGAAAACUGAAAAUGUUUGUUUAUGUGGAGUAAUUAUUGACUCUUUAUGUAUAUACGGAGUAUGAUUUAGACCCUCUAUCAUAGCCUAAUGAUUGCUUCGUGGUAUGGUUCUAUCUCUGUUCGCCUACGUGAUUAGCGACGUGAGCGUCCUGAUUUUAG